CGUGGGUAUAAGCGAGAAAAACCCAAUAUUAUUCACAUGUUUCUGUUUCUCAGGAGAGCACCCGUAACAGUUUCUGUUUCUCUCCCCCUCAACUUCUUAACCGCAAAUGUUCUCGUUCUUGUACUUUCAGCUUCACUCUUCCUUCCGCUUCUCUCUUUCUCUCUUAGAUUUUCAAAUCUCUAUUUCUUCUCCGCUAAUCAAAUUAUUCACAUUUAAACUCAGAAUAUGAAGCGAAAGAGUACUCAACAAGCUACUGCUACUAAUCACGCAGCUGAAUUUCCCAAGAAAAAUAAACGAUCGAAAAUUCCUCGCAGAAAACGAACACAAAUUUAUUCAAUUCUCUCCAACAAUUCCACUAUUUCAGACGUUCCUCACAAACUCAAUUUAUCCUUCAAUUCUACUAGCGAUGAAAUUUCCUGCAAUACGACACUUGAUUCCGUUACUUUGCCUCCAAACGCAGCGUUUCCUACAAGAAAUGCGGUGGUGAUGCCGGGGUCUUUGCUGAAGAAAGAUGUUUCUCAAGUAUCCGUAUCGGAGAAUUCAUUUGUUGAAUCAUGCUCUGUUUUCGUCGCUGAACCAGAGUCGAAGCCAAAUCAUAAAGUUCCGAAUGAUUUCUCAAAAAUUCUGCAUUCUCCAGCGGAUACGACAGCGACUGUUGAGCAGAAAUUGGCCGAAAAUAACUCUGGUGAUUUUAUCAUUGGACUGUUUAACUCUGAUUUGGCUUGUACUGAGAGUUUUUCGUAUGAUGAAUACGAGGUUUCGUCUAUGACGAAUUUGUCGGAGAUUUUCUCUGGUAAUGGAGUUUCUGAGCUAGACGAUCUCACCGAUACUCCUUCGUUGUGGCUUAACUCUUUCUCUGGAAGUCAAUUCUCCGAGAAAUCAAGCGAUGAUUCUACUUCUCCUUGUUUCUCUCUCUUUAAGGAGAUUUCUCAACAAUUCUUACAAAUUAACUCUAGUUCUUUAGAUAAUGCAGCUUCCUCUCUCUUCAAUGAUCAGUAUUUUGAUGAAAAUGCUUAUUAUAAAUUUGAAAGUGAAGAUGAUGAAGAGAAUUACCGUAGAUUGAGGAGUAGAGAAAGCAAUCAAGCAUCAAAAGUGAAAGAGUACGUUAAAGAGUAUGAUUCUGCCACUGUUUAUGGAGGAUUAAUCACUGAGCAGAGAUUAUUGAUGGUCAAUUGGAUUCUUGAGACGUCCAGGAAAAAGGAUCUCCAGGGUGAAACAACAUUUCUUGCUGUGCGUCUCCUUGAUAGAUUUUUGAGCAAAGGGUUUUUUACAAAUAGGAAGAACCUACAACUUCUUGGCAUAGCUUGUCUCACCUUGGCCAUCAGAAUAGAAGAGAAUCAACCUUACAACAGUGUCCAGCAAAAGUCAUUUUUCGUGGGAAACAAUGUAUACUGCAGAUAUGAAGUUGUUGCAAUGGAGUGGGCAGUCCAAAACGUCCUUAACUUUCACUGCUUCUCGCCAACAAUCUACUCUUUCCUGUGGUUCUAUCUAAAAGUUGCAUCAGCUGAUGAAGAGAUGCAAAGAAAGGCCAAGUAUUUGGCUGGUCUAUCACUGUUGGAUUAUAGGCAUCUGAGAUUUUGGCCCUCAACUAUAGCAGCAGCGCUGGUAUUCUUGCUCUCCAUAUUGACAGAUCGAGAAGAAUCGAGCUUACGAGUCAUGGAGGCUCAUAUCAGAACAAAAGUUAAUGAUCUACCUGAAUGCCUCGAGAGCCUAGAGUGGUUGGUCAAGUACGCUUUGGAACAAAAUGCAUUCUAUUCUUGAUUGAAAGACUAUGGUCAUCAACACAACCCAUGAAGUACAAUAAUUCAAAAUUAUUCAAGUAUAUAAAAUAUAGCUCUAAUUUUUAUGUACAUGGUCCCAUAUGUUCGGGAAGUAUAUACUCAAGGACUAGUACCAGCUAAAUUCCAGCAGCAUACGGGUAAGAAGUCCCAAUUCUAACUUGUUUCCUGCACAAAUCUAAGUUUGGUAUAGGAAUCCUUUUACACCACUAUUUUUGUAUUCAUAAUUCACGUAAAAGUGUAUAGACUUUGCCGCUUUGGAAAACGAAAGAAAGAAAGAAAGA